CGCGUAAACACACAAUGGACUUUACUCAUAAUUUGACCUGGCAAUGAUGUGUGAUAAGUACUGAAAUAUAUUCGAUGGUUAAAGUUACUUGCUCAGUAUGUGUGUAGGACUGCUUUCCGAUCGUACGUGUUUAUUGAAUUAUGUACAGGGUUCAACCUAAGGGGUUUGCCACGAAGGCUAUACAUGUAGGCCAAGAUCCUGAGCAAUGGAACUGUAUGAGUGUUAUUCCUCCAAUUUCGUUAAGUACAACAUAUAAGCAAGAUGGCCCGGCAGAACACAGAGGGUUUGAAUAUUCAAGAAGUGGAAAUCCUACUAGGAACGUUUUGGAACGAUGCUUGGCAGCACUGGAUAAUGCUAAAUUUGGUUUAACAUUUGCUUCUGGUCUUGGUGCAACAACAACUGUGUUAACUAUGCUAUCAACUGGAGAUCAUGUGAUUGUAGGUGAUGAUGUUUAUGGAGGUACAAAUCGUUUAAUAAGACAAGUUAUAUCUCGCAUGGGUAUAGAUUUCACUUUCGUUGAUCCUACUGAUUUGGUGACUUUUAAAAGUGCGAUUAAAGUAAACACGAAGCUUGUUUGGAUCGAAACACCUACAAACCCGCUGAUUAAAGUUGCGGAUAUUGUGGCUAUUAGUAAACUUUGUCAUGAAAGUGGAAAUAUUAUUGUUGCUGUAGAUAACACAUUUUUAACCUCCUAUUUCCAACGUCCUCUUGAGUUAGGUGCUGAUUUGGUCUGCUAUUCUUUAACAAAGUACAUGAAUGGUCAUACUGAUGUGGUUAUGGGUGGAAUAACAUUAAAUUGUGAAAAAUUAUAUAAUCGCUUAAAGUUUUUGCAGAAUGCUGCUGGAAUCAUUCCUUCGCCGUUUGAUUGCUUUCUUGUAAAUCGCAGUUUGAAGACUUUGUCCAUUCGCAUGGAACAACAUCAUAAAAAUUCUGUUUUAGUAGCUACAUUUUUGGAAUCGCACGAGUUCGUGGAGAAGGUCCUACAUCCUUCCCUUCCUUCACAUCCACAACAUAAAAUAGCACUUCAGCAAACAUAUGGCUAUAGUGGUGUAUUUUCGUUUUACAUCAAAGGAAAGCUGGAACAUUCUAAAGCCUUUCUUCGAGCACUAAAAAUUUUUGCACUAGCAGAAAGCUUAGGUGGAUAUGAAAGUUUAGCAGAACUGCCUUCGGUAAUGACGCAUGCAUCUGUUCCGUUAGAGGAUCGACAAAAGCUUGGAAUAAAUGAUUCACUUAUUCGAUUAUCUGUUGGACUUGAAGAUUCUGAUGAUUUAAUAAAUGAUUUAAGCUGCGCUCUGGAAGUUGCUAAAAAUACAUUGACAUAAACAGUGUUAUUGCAUGAAGUUUGUUUAAAAAAGAUUUGAACAGAAAUAUAAUUUUUGUUAUCUUCUGAUACAAUAUUAA